AUGGAAGAUUUUAACUGGGAUAAUGACAGCUUGGAAGAUCUCUUCAAUCAAUAUUUAAGUAAUUACAAUUAUAGCAGUGGACUGCCCUUAAUUCCACCUGAUUCUGCCCCAUGUGUGUUAGAAUCCCUGGAAAUCAACAGAUAUGUUAUGAUUUUCACCUGUGCUGUAGUGUUCCUGCUGAGCCUGCUGGGAAACUCCCUGGUGACGCUGGUCAUCCUACACAGCAGGAUCAGCCGCUCUGCCAUUGACGUCUACCUACUGAACCUGGCUUUGGCCGACCUGCUCUUUGCCCUCACCUUGCCCAUCUGGGCUGCCUUCAGGGUUAACUGGACUUUGGGCACAGCCUUAUGCAAGGUGGUCUCAUUCCUGAAGGCAGUCAACUUCUACUGUGGUAUUCUACUACUGGCCUGCAUCAGUGUGGACCGCUACCUGGCCAUCGUCCACGCCAUGCGCACACUGACCCAGAAGCGCCACUUGGUCAAGUUUGUAUGUCUGGGCAUGUGGGCCCUGUCCCUGCUGCUGUCCCUGCCCAUCUUACUUUUCCGAAAGGCCAUCUACCCACCUAUGUCUGGCCCAGUCUGCUAUGAGGACAUGGGCAACAGUACAGCAAAAUGGCGGAUGGUAUUGAGGAUCCUGCCACACACUUUUGGCUUCAUUUUGCCUCUGUCAGUUAUGCUGUUCUGCUAUGGAUUCACCCUGCACACGCUGUUCAAGGCUCACGUGGGGCAGAAGCACCGGGCUAUGUGGGUCAUCUUUGCUGUCGUCCUCAUCUUCCUGCUCUGCUGGCUGCCCUACAACCUGGUCCUGCUCACAGACACCCUCAUGAGGAUCCGGGUGAUCCAGGACACCUGUGUGCGAGUCAAGGACAUCUCCUGGGCCCUGGAUACCACUGAGAUUCUGGGCUUCCUCCACUGCUGCCUCAAUCCCCUCAUCUAUGCCUUCACUGGUCAGAAGUUUCGUCACAGACUCCUCAGGAUCCUGGCCACCCAUGGUCUGGUCAGCAAGUAG